AUAUCAAAACUCCAUCUCUAUUUCUAUUCUCUUUUCCGGCCUCCUAAAAAAAGACCCCAAAAAAUUAUUUAUAUAUAUGAAGAUAAACGUGAAGGAGUCAACGUUGGUGGGGCCGGCGGAGGAGACGCCGCGGCGGAGCCUGUGGAACUCCAACGUCGACCUGGUCGUCCCCAACUUCCACACCCCCAGCGUCUACUUUUACCGCCGGCCUCCCGCCGCCGCCGACUUCUUCGACGCCGGGAGGCUCCGGGCCGCGCUCGCCCGGGCCCUGGUGCCGUUCUACCCCAUGGCGGGGCGGCUCAAGAGGGACGAAGACGGCCGCGUCGAGAUCGACUGCAACGGCGCCGGAGUUCUGCUCGUCGUGGCGGAGUCUGACGGGGCCGUGGAAGACUACGGGGAUUUUGCCCCGACGCUGGAGCUCCGGCGGCUGAUCCCGGCGGUCGAUUACUCUCAGGGGAUCUCGUCUUACCCUCUCCUCGUCUUGCAGGUUACACAUUUCAAAUGCGGUGGAGUGUCCUUAGGUGUGGGAAUGCAACACCACGUGGCAGACGGAGCUUCGGGCCUCCACUUCAUCAACACAUGGUCUGACAUGGCCCGUGGCUUGGACAUGACCCUCCCGCCAUUCAUAGACCGGACGGUCCUCAAGUCACGGGACCCACCUCGACCUGAGUUCCACCACAUCGAGUACCAACCGCCACCCACCCUAAACACGUCAUUCGAAAAUAAAAAUGUCGUCUCUGAAACAGUUGUGUCCAUAUUCAAGCUAACUAAAGACCAGAUCAGUGCACUCAAAGCCAACUCAAUAGAAGACGCAAACGAAAUCGCUUAUAGUUCUUACGAAAUGCUAUCGGGCCACGUCUGGCGUUGCGUCUGCAAGGCCCGUGGCCUUGACAAGGGUCAAGAGACCAAAUUGUACAUUGCGACAGACGGAAGGACAAGGCUGAGGCCGCCCCUCCCGUCUGGCUAUUUCGGUAACGUGAUAUUCACGGCCACUCCUAUAGCCACGUCUGGUGAUCUCGAGACAAAGCCCGCCUGGUUCGGUGCUAGAAAAAUCCAUGACGCGCUAGCCAGAAUGGACGACCGCUACUUGAGGUCUGCUCUUGACUACCUGGAAAUGCAACCCGACCUCAAGGCACUCGUCCGUGGGGCUCACACGUUCAAGUGUCCGAACCUUGGGAUCACGAGCUGGGCCAGGCUCCCGAUCCACGACGCGGAUUUCGGGUGGGGAAGACCCAUCUUUAUGGGACCCGGCGGUAUUGCGUACGAAGGGUUGAGCUUCAUCCUCCCGAGUCCCACAAAUGAUGGGAGCUUAUCAGUGGCUAUUUCUUUGCAGAUGGAACAUAUGAAGAUUUUCAAGGAGUUAUUGUACAAUAAUAUUUGAAGAACCAUGCAUUUCUCUCCUUAUCAAAGUUUGUUUUUAUUUACUUUUUUGGACAUUCACUAUUUCUUAACAUGUCUUUUUGUAUGCAAUCCAAGUGCACUUCUCCUCCUAUUUAGGUUAUUAGGUUCUCUUCACCAGA